AUGGGACACUUAUCCUAUGAUUGUCCAGCAAAGAACGACUCAAAAUCAGCUUCUGGCAGUAGCCUCAUAGUUUUUGGGAAGGCAGAUUUUGUGUUUAAGUUAGGGAGUCAUAGUUUCACACAGGAAACUGUGGUGGCAACGCUCCAAGGUCUUCAGGGUAUUUUAGGGAUAGAUUUCCUAUCGAGGCAUGAUGGGACUUUGAGUUUUGGUGAUAAUACUCUGCAGUUAGGAGGCCACAAAGUUAAAUUAAACCCACAACCUGUCAGUCAGUGUGCUCACAUUAGGGUGUCAGAAACAGUUUCUAUUCCUAAGAACUCUGAGUGCUAUUUUGCUGGUUAUGUAGAUGGUGAGAUAGAUAGUAAGCUAGGUAUUAUUGAGCCUACAAAGUUGGUGUCUAACCAAGGUCUGCUACUGGCCAAAACGUUGAUAGCCCCUCAGAAGGGAAGGGAGGUAACUCUGUCAGUUCUCAACCUUACAGCAAAGGACAUUAAGAUUCAGAGUAAUACUUUUGUGGGCAGUUUACAUUCUGUAGGGCAGGUACAUGAGAUUAGUGAGGAAAACCAUGUAGAUAGCACCCAGCUACCACCCUAUCUUCAAGAUGUUUUAGAUAGGACGUCUAAUAAAUUAACCCCAGCUCAAAAGUCAGAGGUUAAGGACCUGUUACAGGAAUAUCAAGACCUCUUUGCUGGCCCUGAUGGUACUUUGGGGAAUACUAAAUUGGUGGAACAUACUAUAGAUACCCAGGGAGCUCUUCCUAUUAAGAUACCCCCUCGUAGGAUAUCACCAGGUCAGAAAUUAGUUGUUGAAAAAGAGUUAGAUAGUAUGUUAGAAAAAGGUGUAAUUCAACGCAAGCUCUAG